AUGGAACGAUCGCAGCUUGCUUCAUCAAUUGCAGGUUUCACAGCAUCUUUAGGCUCUAUAAUCCUAUUCCCUUUAGAGAUGAUUAAAGUGAGGCUUAUCGUUUCUGAUGCUUUUAAUUCAGCGCUGGCUCAAAAAUAUAAAUCUCCGAUUCAUGCCUUAAAGUCUUUGUACUCUAAUGAAGGAGCUUUAUCGCUUUAUAGAGGAUGGCAUAUUAGUUUAUGCUCAAGCUUUGCAUGGACUGUCUAUUUUUACUUUUACGAAUCAGCUAAAAAACGUUAUUCAGCCGAUUUCAAACAAAAUCACCCUGAAAUUUACAGAUUUGCUGUAGCUGCAGAAGCUGCAGUCAUUUCAAGGAUAAUCACCAACCCUUUAUGAGUGAUUAAAACACGCGUCAUGUUGCAAAACCACACUCAUCACUGAUAUGGCGAUACAAUCGAAGCUAUUACAAAAAUUUACAAACUUGAUGGAAUUAAAGGCUAUUUUUCAGGGCUAGUGCCUGGGCUUAUUUUAUGUUCAAAUGGAGCUUUUCAACUAUAUUUUUAUGAGCUGCUCAAAGAAAUUAUGGACGGAUAUAAUAAUUCAGGGAAAAUCGCUAUCGCUGGAGGCGCCAGUAAGCUUCUGUCAACGAUCGCACUCUAUCCUAUGCAGUCUGUUAUGGUAAAGCUGCAGCAAGAGCAAUAUGGAAAUUUAGUCAGCAAAAGUUCAAAAGAAAUAAAAGGAAAAGUUGCAGAGGAAAAACUUUUUGAAGGAUUUUGAAAUUGUAUUGUGAAAACGUGAAAUGCAGAGGGAUAUAAAGGAUUUUAUAGAGGAUUAUCAGUGCAGCUGCUAACUCCCCCAUCAGAGAGCAGACAAAAAAUUUUGUUCGCUCACGAAUUUUUUUUAUAAAAUUUUAUAUAUAAAUUUUCUAGUAAAUUUUUUUUCUUCAAAAUUUAAAAAAUCCUGAUUCAAAAAAUUAUAAAGCAAAAAAAUUUAAUUUAAAAAAAAUUAUUUUUUUAAAAUGCAAGCUGUUUAAAGUUAAACAGGAUCAUCUAGAAAUUUCAUUAUAAUAAUUAUUAUUAUAUAUUAAUUAACAAUUUUUUUGGUUGCUCACAGAGGGUGUGAUUUUACCUAAAAUAUAGGGGUUUUUUUUAGUUUUGUUCCUUAACGAAGGGGGAGUAAGGAUUCUACCUACAAAUGCGCUUUUUUUCCUUAUCUAUGAGAAAACGUACAAAUUUAUCAUAGAUCUUUAA